AUGCCAAACACAAUCACAACUUCUACUGCAGCACACUUGACAACAAUUUUAAUGAACCUGAUUACUACACAGUGUGCAAUUCCAAAUAUGAAUAUACACAAUCCUAGGUUGGGAUUUUGUUCAGUUGAUAAUAGUACUAAAUUAGAAGAGCUAAUUGUACAUAGUUAUGACACUAAAUUGAAAGAGAAACAGGAUGUUCGUUUGAUGAAAGACGUAGUCCUCAUAGAUUUACAAGAAAAUAAUCUUCAUUCUUUAAAUGCAUAUAUCAAGGCUAUUAAUGCCGUUGUAAAUGUUCUAUCUAUAUAA